CGGUGGGCCCCCGGCCUGGACUACAUUUCCCAGCAUGCCAUGCUCAGAACUACGGGUGCUCGCAUGACGUCCAGCGCCGUUGGCGGCGGCGCAGUCGCGGUGCGUACGACAGACGACAGACCCGCGGGUGCUUCGCGGUUUGAAUGGCCACGGGCCCGGGCCCUCAGCUCAUCGGAGGAGCCGCUGCCCAGGGGGGAGCUAUGCCGUCGGGAGGCGACCAGAAAAACCCCCCGGGGGCUGCAGCCUCGGAUGGGGAGGACGACGACGGCGAGGCGGAGGACGUCGCGCAGCCGGUCGGGUCGCCGACUCCUAAGAUCCAGCAGAGGUUCGACGAGCUGUGCAGCCGCCUCAACAUGGACGAGGCGGCGCGGGCCGAGGCGUGGGACAGCUACCGGAGCAUGAACGAGAGCUACACGCUGGAGGGAAAUGAUCUCCAUUGGUUAGCAUGUGCCUUAUAUGUGGCUUGCAGAAAAUCUGUCCCAACUGUGAGCAAAGGGACAGUUGAAGGAAACUACGUAUCUUUAACAAGAAUCCUGCGAUGUUCAGAGCAGAGCUUAAUUGAAUUUUUUAACAAGAUGAAGAAAUGGGAAGAUAUGGCUAAUCUACCCCCACAUUUCAGAGAGCGUACUGAGAGAUUAGAAAGAAACUUCACUGUUUCUGCUGUAAUUUUUAAGAAAUAUGAACCAAUUUUUCAGGACAUUUUUAAAUAUCCUCAGGAGGAGCAACCUCGUCAACAAAGAGGAAGAAAACAACGGCGACAGCCCUGUACAGUGUCUGAAAUUUUCCAUUUUUGUUGGGUGCUUUUUAUAUAUGCAAAAGGUAAUUUCCCUAUGAUUAGUGAUGAUUUAGUCAAUUCUUACCAUCUUUUGCUGUGUGCUUUGGACUUAGUUUAUGGAAAUGCCCUUCAGUGUUCUAAUCGUAAAGAACUUGUGAAUCCUAAUUUUAGAGGUCUGUCUGAAGAUUUUCAUGCUAAGGAUUCUAAACCUGCCUCUGACCCACCUUGUGUCAUUGAGAAACUCUGUUCUUUACAUGAUGGCCUAGUUUUGGAAGCAAAGGGAAUAAAGGAACAUUUCUGGAAACCUUACAUUAGGAAACUUUAUGAAAAAAAGCUUCUGAAGGGAAAAGAAGAAAAUCUUACUGGGUUUCUAGAGCCUGGAAACUUUGGAGAGAGUUUUAAAGCCAUCAAUAAAGCCUAUGAAGAGUAUGUUUUAUCUGUUGGGAAUUUAGAUGAACGGAUAUUUCUUGGAGAGGAUGCCGAGGAGGAAAUUGGGACUCUCUCAAGGUGUCUGAACACUGGUUCAGGAACAGAGACUGCUGAAAGGGUGCAGAUGAAAAAUAUCUUGCAGCAGCAUUUUGACAAGUCUAAAGCACUUAGAAUCUCCACGCCACUUACCGGUGUGAGAUAUGUUAAAGAGAACAGUCCUUGUGUGACUCCAGUUUCUACUGCUACACAUAGCUUGAGUCGUCUUCACACCAUGCUGACAGGCCUCAGAAAUGCACCAAGUGAGAAACUGGAACAGAUUCUCAGGACAUGUUCCAGAGAUCCAACCCAGACUAUUGCUAACAGGUUGAAGGAAAUGUAUGAAAUAUAUUCUCAGCAUUCCCAGUCAGACGAGGAUUUCAAUAAUAGUUCUAAGGAAAUUGCCAGCAAGCAUUUUCGUUUUGCAGAGAUGCUUUACUAUAAAGUACUAGAAUCUGUUAUUGAGCAGGAACAAAAAAGACUGGGAGACAUGGAUUUAUCUGGUAUUUUGGAGCAAGACGCAUUCCAUCGAUCAUUAUUGGCCUGCUGCCUUGAGGUCGUCACUUUUUCUUAUAAGCCUCCUGGGAAUUUUCCAUUUAUUACUGAAAUAUUUGAAGUACCACUUUAUCACUUUUAUAAGGUGAUAGAAGUAUUCAUUAGAGCAGAGGAUGGCCUUUGUAGAGAGGUGGUAAAACACCUUAAUCAGAUUGAAGAACAGAUCUUAGAUCAUUUGGCAUGGAAACCAGAGUCCCCACUUUGGGACAGAAUUAGAGAUAAUGAAAACAGAAUUCCUACAUGUGAAGAGGUCAUGCCCCCUCAAAACCUGGAAAGAGCAGAUGAAAUCUGUAUUGCUGGCUCCCCUUUGACUCCGAGAAGAGUGAGUGAAGUUCGUGCUGAUACCGGAGGUCUUGGAAGAAGCAUAACGUCUCCAACCACAUUAUAUGACAGAUACAGCUCCCCAACAGCCAGUACUACCAGAAGGCGGCUAUUUGUUGAUGAUAGUCCCUCUGAUGGAGGAACACCUGGGCGCAUUCCCGCACAGCCUCUAGUCAAUGCUGUCCCUGUGCAGAAUGUAUCUGGGGAGGCUGUUUCUGUCACACCAGUUCCUGGACAGACCUUGGUCACCAUGGCAACAGCCACUGUCACAGCCAACAAUGGACAAACAGUGACCAUUCCUGUACAAGGUAUUGCCAAUGAAAAUGGAGGAAUAACAUUCUUCCCAGUGCAGGUCAAUGUUGGGGGACAGGCACAAGCUGUGACUGGCUCCAUCCAGCCUCUCAAUGCUCAGGCCCUGACUGGAAGUCUGAGCUCUCAACAAGUGGCAGGAACAACCUUACAAGUUCCUGGUCAGGUGACCAUUCAACAGAUUUCUCCAGGUGGACAACAACAGAAACAAGGCCAGCCUUUAACCAGCAGCAAUAUUAGACCCAGGAAGACCAGUUCUUUAUCACUUUUCUUUAGAAAGGUUUACCACUUAGCGGGUGUCCGCCUUCGAGAUCUUUGUGCUAAACUAGAUAUUUCAGAUGAACUAAGGAAAAAAAUCUGGACCUGCUUUGAAUUCUCCAUAAUUCAGUGUCCUGAGCUUAUGAUGGAUAGACAUCUGGACCAGUUGUUAAUGUGUGCCAUUUAUGUGAUGGCAAAGGUCACAAAAGAAGACAAGUCCUUCCAGAAUAUUAUGCGUUGUUACAGGACUCAGCCGCAGGCCCGGAGCCAGGUGUAUAGAAGUGUUUUGAUAAAAGGGAAAAGAAAAAGAAGAAAUUCUGCUAGCAGCGAUAGAAGCCAUCAGAAUUCACCAACAGAACUAAACAAAGAUAGAACAGCCAGCAGAGACUCCAGUCCUGUCAUGAGAUCAAGCAGCACUUUGCCAGUUCCACAGCCUAGCAGUGCUCCUCCUACACCUACUCGUCUCACAGGUGCCAACAGUGACAUGGAAGAGGAAGAGAGGGGAGACCUCAUUCAGUUCUACAACAACAUCUAUAUAAAACAAAUCCAAACAUUUGCCAUGAAGUACUCACAGGCAAAUGUAAUGGAUGCUCCUCCACUGUCUCCCUAUCCAUUUGUAAGAACAGGCUCCCCUCGGCGAAUACAGUUGUCUCAAAACCAUCCUGUCUACAUUUCCCCACAUAAAAAUGAAGCAAUGCUUUCUCCUCGAGAAAAGAUUUUCUACUACUUUAGCAACAGUCCCUCAAAGAGACUGAGAGAAAUUAAUAGUAUGAUACGGACAGGAGAAACUCCAACUAAAAAGAGAGGGAUUCUUUUGGAAGAUGGAAGUGAAUCACCUGCAAAAAGAAUUUGUCCAGAAAAUCAUUCUGCCUUACUACGCCGUCUCCAAGAUGUAGCUAAUGAUCGAGGUUCCCACUGAGGUUAGUCUCUUGCACUGAAACUGUCUUUACACAAACUCUGUUUAGCAGCAUCACUUAAUGCAUGCUAGAUUAUGUAGGCUUUUCCUUAAUCCAGCCAGUCAACUAGAGCUUGAUAUGAAAAAUGAGAGACAUUUUUGUGAAAAAUUGGACUUUGCUCUCCAAGUAUUCCUAGAAUAUUUUUAUUCAUCCCAACUGCCUUUGUCCCUACCAUUCAGUGCUUACCAUCAACAAUGUUUGGAAUCCAACUUGGAUUUUACCCUUUUGACAAAGCUUUUACAAUUAUCACAAAGAACAAAGUGUACUUAAGAAUAUAAAUCCAAGCGGUCUCUGUUGACCUGCUCCAGCAAAAGACCUGUAUUUCAGAUUUAUUCCUACUUAUUUGUGGUCAGCUCUAGUCCUUGUGACAAGUAAAACAGAAAUUAGGUAUUUUGUCCCAAAUACUUGGUUGGAGUGUGAGAUUUUUGCAUUCCUGAACUAGAACAAAAGAGCACGCCCAGAUUCAGAGGUACUAGUCAUUAGCCUAGAUCUCUCAUCCCUUUUGCACACUUCUCCCCUUCCCCCAUUAGGUGUGGUGCAGUGGGAAACGUGGUUGGUUGGUUGGUUGUGCAAUGUCUGAGUGAACUUGUAUAAGUGGUGGCACUUUAGGUCUGUAAAAUGCAUGAUUUUGAAACCCAGAUUUUGCUGUAUAUUUGUGAUGGCACUUUCUACAAUGUGAACUUUUAAAGUACAAAACUUAUAGGUUAACCAUCCAAUAUUUUCUUUAAUUCUUUUUGUACUUUUUAAAAACCGUUAAAGCCCAUUUGGGCAUGUGUUUUAAAUUCUCCAGUUUUUUUUUUUUUUUUUGCUGUUAUAUAGGGAUCAGUUGACUAAAGAUUGUAAAUCAAGUUGAAUUGAGGAGACUAAUAUGAAAAAUUAUGACCUCUUCCUUUAAGAGGUAGUUAUCCAAAAGACAUGUCUAUUACGGUGAUGAUAUAUUUUAAAAUACAUUUUGGUGUGUUACUGGCAGUUUAAAAACAAUAGGUUGGAGAAUUUAGAUUUUUAUUAGUACGUAGUACCAUUUAUACAAAUUAGAAAAUGCUAUUUAACAGCUCUUGAAUUACCUAUAUAUACCUUUAUUAAUCACUAUUGUUCCAGCAGUUUUAAAGUUGAAUUAAUAAUCUUAUUAGGGAGAAAAUUCAAUUGUAAAUUGAAUCAGUAUAAACAAAGUUACUAG